AUGGAUGUCGCAAGCCUCAUCUCGCCUUCUGAAUCGGAUACAGUGCCGACCUUCAGGUCAAGAUCCAUUCAGAAUCCGUCUGCCAGCCAAUACAAGCGCUUUUCCGAACAAUAUACGGGCUCUUACUUCUCUGCUGUACCAUCACAUACGACAUCUUACUCUCGUACGCCUCAGCCACCGCUAUCCCCUCCAGCCGAGGACCAGCCCAAAUUCUCGCUUCCUUCCAUAUCGAUUCUUCUUGAGAAUGCAGACGGUGCCGCCGCACACGCAGCAAAACGCCAAAGAACCAGUCUGUCAGCGCACAGGGAUUCGGACCCCCGGCCUCUAUCGCAGACAUAUGACUCUAUCACACCACACGCCAUGCCACCAACGCCGCCACUGCGUCCUGGUUCGGGGUUUCACAGUAAUGGCCAUUCUCCCUCAGCAUCAUCUGUCUCUGCCACCAGCACCAGUGCUGUGAUGAAAACCACCGAAACGUAUUCCCAGGCGCCAAUUGGGCUUCCUAGUCCGUCGGAUCGAUCCUCUAUCUCGAGUCAAGGGUCCGUUCAGCAUGUCGCCGGAGCUCCAUAUGCCUCCCCUGCUCCCAGCGUGUCAUCCUACUCUUCUCCCAUCGAGCCCUCUACACCAUCAACUGCCGCUUACUACCAGAGAAACCCUGCGCCAAACGCCUUUCAAAACGCAGGCACCUUCCCUCCACCAUCUGUGGCAUCUCUUCCCUCGCCGGGUCAUCAACAGAUGAUUUCUCCCGUCACCCCCGCCUGGCAACAUCACCACUACUUCCCCCCGUCCAGUUCCACGCCUUACCAGCAGAACCAUGAUCGCUACAUCUGCCGGACGUGCCACAAGGCCUUCUCGCGGCCCUCUAGUCUGCGCAUCCACUCUCACAGCCACACUGGCGAAAAGCCUUUCCGCUGCACACAUGCUGGUUGCGGCAAAGCAUUCAGCGUCCGGAGCAAUAUGAAGCGUCACGAGCGUGGCUGCCAUACGGGUCGCCCAGUUGCUACCGCCAUGGUUCAAUAG